UUGACAAUAGCAUUGCAACAUUUUCAGCGCUGACUCAGUUACACUAACUAAACUGCGACGUUCACAAUAUGGAUGAAGACGUCGUUCAUGUGGGAAGAUGGGAACUCUACCCAAAAAAAACGACAGUGAAAGACGACGGCUGUCCGAAUUUCGAGUUUACUGAGCUGCCCGGCGAGUGUAUCGAGUUCGCCGGUCGCUCGUUGACUGAUGAUGUCAUCGCCAUAUCAAACUACCGUCUACUUCUCUUCAGGAAAUCACGGAUUCUCGUAAAUAUUCCAGUUCGACUUAUUCAGUCAGUGACUCAUUGUCAGAAUCAUCAGGUGCUCUUCUCGUGCAAACAUUCGGCUCCAUUUCGCAUUAUAUUCUUGAACACCGAACAGGCACAGAAAUGGAUGGUUCGGUUGAAUGGCAAAAUUGCUACUCCCAAGAGUCACAAAGAGUUUUUUGCUUACUCAUACUGGGCCUGGUCACAAGAUCAGACUUCCCUGACGCAAAGCAAGCGUAAUAAUGAUCAGAGAGUCAACAAACAGGUUCCUGUAGGUAAAAGUCGAGAAUCUGGGAAUCAGUACUACUCAAUCUUCAGUGAAUUCAAUCGACUUGGAUUCCAAAUCAGUGAAGCUUGGCAGAUCUCUGACCUCAACUCUCAAGACUAUAAACUCUGCAAGAGUUACCCUAGACUGCACAUUAUUCCUCGAGUUGUAAAAGACAGUGUAUUAGAAGGCUCCGCAAAGUUUAGAUCAUCUGGUAGAUUUCCAUCUGUUGUAUGGAGACACAAAGACAAUAGAGUUGUGCUUGCUCGCUGUAGCCAGCCUCUGCUUGGUUGGUUUAGCUGGCGGAGUCAAGAGGAUGAGGAGAUGCUCAGGGCAUUAUCAGAUGCUUGUCUUAAUGAUCGGAAGCACAUUUUGUUGAGAAGGCUGGGUACAGAUAGGGACACCACAGACUAUGAAACAUUUGAUGCUCCUCGACUGCUCAUUGUUGAUGCAAGAUCAUACAGUGCUGCAGUUGCUAAUCGUACAAAAGGAGGAGGCUGUGAAUGCAAAGAAUACUACCCAAACUCUGACAUCGUAUUUAUGAAUCUCCCCAACAUUCAUGCUGUCCGUAAGAGUUUUCAGGCAAUCUGCAACCUUUGUACAUCAUCAGCUGACGCGUCCAGCUGGCUGUCAUCCAUAGAGUCGAGUCAGUGGCUUUAUUACUUAUCUCAAUUGAUGCAGUCUGCUUGUCAAGUAGUGAAAACUCUCGACAUCGAUUGUCGUCCUGUGCUUGUACACUGCAGUGACGGAUGGGACAGAACUCCACAACUUACUUCUCUAGCAGAAAUCAUGCUUGAUCCAUUUUACAGGACGGUGCCGGGAUUUACCGUCUUAGUCGAACGAGAAUGGCUGUCAUUUGGUCACAAAUUUAGCACUCGUUGUGGCCAUCGAAUCGGCGACUCUGACAGCACACAACAAUCCCCGGUCUUUCUUCAGUGGCUGGAUUGCAUUCACCAGCUGCUGCUGCAGUUUCCGACUGCUUUUGAAUUUAAUGAGGCUUAUUUGGUAAAGCUUGCUCUUCAUACUUACUCGUGUUUGUAUGGAACAUUUUUGUACAACUGUGCACAAGAACGUGAACAGCAGAAAGAAAUGACAGUAUCUUUGUGGUCUUUUCUCUCUAAUGAUGAUAAAAGUCUGCCUUUUAGAAAUCUUCUCUAUGUUGAUUUCGAUCAGGUGUUGAUACCCGAUUGUCAUAUUCAACACUUGCAAAUAUGGACGACCUUGUAUUGCACUAGUCACCCUGUCAGUCUUGAAACAUUGAAAAGUAAUCCCUUGACUGUUAACCCCUGCAGUAGUUUGCCAACUAGUCCUGUUACUGCCUUGCCUGCAAAGCUAACUCCAAGGCUAACUCGAAGCAAAAGUGAGACGUCUUUGUCUGGUGAGGCUAUUGAACAUCAAGGGCCCUCGGCUCCAAUGUGGGAUGAACAGUUGUCUCACGAGUCACUUACUAUACCAUCCAGUUAUUUUAAAGGAUUACCACGUGAGCAAUACAAUUUACACUCUGGUUUAGACAAGCGCAAUCAACAUUCUAGAACAGAACUUCCUCCAUCCUACAAUACUGUUAUUGCUGAAGGUGAUAACACAAGUACUCAUCAUAGGACUAAUGCAGGAUCAUCACAACAGUGUGACUCUCGUCCUGCUACUGAACAAAAUUGUUACGAUUUUGAUGGUCUGAACCCUCUAGUUGAUCCUUUGCAGAAGCAACUGUGUGAAAUGUCAUUGGAGCAUGAGAGGCAGUUGAAUUCUUAUGUCAAAGAAAACGAAUCCUUGAAACGUCAAGUUAAAGAGUUGAAAGAAAGGAUUGUUAGUCCAGACAGGCAAGGCAACAACCAGUGCAAUCUACUGGAAGAUGCACAACAGGACGAGCCGCCUGUUGGUAACGUUGCCGAAAGUCCAAGUAGCUUCGAUGACUCCCAUUGGGAGAAAGUGCACAAAGAGGACGCAGAAACUGUUCUCUGGGUACCCGAUCAUGCAGCUACACGAUGCUUUCAUUGCAAUUCAAAGUUUUGGCUUGCGAAGAGACGCCAUCAUUGCAGAAAUUGUGGUAAGCUGUUUUGUUAUUAUUGCUCAAACUAUUUUGUUCCCGUACCCGAAGAGCAAUUGUAUGAACCGGUUCGUGUUUGCUUAAGAUGCUACCAUAAACUCGACGGCAAUCAGUAUGAUCAGAGACAACAGCAGACAUUCAAAGUUGCUGCCUGAAUAUUUUUGUUGCUAUUUAAUUAAUGGUUGUCAAAGUGGCUAUGGAACGUUUGCUCGUUUUAUUUUAGUCUCUGAGUUGACAGACAAUGCUUGUAACCGUUCUCAUUGAUGUGACACAUCCAUAUGUGAACUUUUGUCAGAUUUCUAGAGUUUGAUAUUAUACUACGUCUAGUCGAUAUCACAAAUAAGUUGAUUGAGAAA